AUGGCACCCACACCGACUCCCGCACCCGUAUCGUCUUCCCCCAAAGAAUCAGACACGCUUUACUGGGUGUCUACCGGUCUGGGCCUCCUUCUGGCUGUUACCCUAGUCAUCAUCCUUGGAAUGUCCCUCCGUAUUCGUGAUUACAUCGUCGAAAAACAGGAACAAGACAAGAGGCUCAUGAAAUUCCAAGACGCACUUAGAGACAGUGAGUCUGACAGAAAGGGACUCCAGCGAGAGGCAGAUCUGCUGUCCGGAGAGCUGGCGAACUGGCGAACACUGCAUGCCGAGUGCUGGGAUGAAAUGACUGUCACCGCUGCAUAUUGCCGAGAGCAUCACAGCCGUAAUCUCUCAGACCAAUCAGACAAGAGGUCUGAUUUCUCCUUCCAAGCUGAAGGUCCAGAUGAUGGUGGACCUGAGAGUCGAGCCGGUUGGGUCAGGAUGGGACAAGUCAAGCGUGGAAAGCCGAGCCUAACGCCAUUUUCUAACGGAGACGCGGCUCAUUAUGUUGUUAAUGGGCGUCGGCAAGUUCCUCAGCAGAUUCAGUUUGGGUCCAUGUCCACGAUUGAUCUUGAUCCCGAUGAUGAACAGGUAGAUAACCUGGACGACGGUCAAGCACGCUGGGACCCCAACAGGGAUCCAGAUGCCCCAAAUGAUGCUCAUGCUGGACAUGGGCGACGGGAAUGA